AUGUUUACCGGUCUUGUCGAAACAAUCGGGACGGUCUCGUCCCUUGAGCCCCUCGAUACCUCCGCAAGCGGGGGCGGGGGUACGUCUUUGACCAUCAGCAACUGUGAAGAGAUCCUGACCGACGCCCAUCUCGGCGACAGCAUCGCAGUAAACGGAACCUGUCUAACCGUAACCGCCUUCGACAAAACCUGGUUCAAAGUCGGCGUGGCCCCCGAAACCCUGCGUCGCACGAACCUGGGCUCCCUGAGCACCAACUCCCGGGUGAACCUCGAGCGCGCGGUCCUCAGCGAAACCCGCAUGGGUGGCCAUUUCGUCCAGGGCCACGUCGAUACCAUCGCGACCAUUCUCUCUGUCACGCCCGAUAGCAAUGCGCUGGUGUUGCGGCUGCAGCCUCGUGACCGGGGUGUCUUGAGGUAUAUUGUGGAGAAGGGCUAUGUUACGCUUGAUGGGGCCAGUUUGACGGUUACGAAGGUGGUCGAUGGGGAGGAGGGGUAUUUUGAGAUUAUGCUUAUUGCGUAUACGCAGGAGAAGAUUGUGACGGCUUCGAAGAAGGUCGGGGAGGAUGUGAAUGUGGAGAUUGAUAUUGUCGGGAAGUAUGUUGAGAAGAGUGUGCAGAGUUACUUUGCCGGGGUUGGUGGCGGUGAUUUUGCGAUUUUGGAGAAGAUGGUGUCCAGGAUUGUGGAUGAGAAGUUGAAGAAAUGA